AAAAUUAAAUAUUGUUUCUUUUCUUUACCAAUCAAAAUCCAACACUUUCAUCCUUACAUUUUUUAUAUCCAGUUCAAUGUAGUCCGGCUUUUUAAAUUUGUAUAAACAUUUUUAUCAAAAUUAAUAGUUUUACAAACAAGACCAGUAUUAUGAGGCCUUUCGAGCCAGCCCGCAAUAAGCGCCAUGUACCCCUCUCACCAGAACUCAUCCAGGACAUAAUGGCGCACGGAAAUGAGUUCCAAUCAGAAGCCGAUAAUCAUUCAAAGGUUGAAUAUGUGGGCGAUAGUAGGGAGGCUGAACGUGCAGUGGCAUCCACUUCCGCCCAACCCCGUCCUUUGGAGAUCAGGCGAUGCACUGAUGGAUUGGCCGAAGGACCCAUUGUGGUGACUCCAACAGUUCCAGUGAAUCUUUUCGUUAAAUCCAAGCCAGAGCCAGAAAAGAAAGAAACAGUUGCUGAAGAGCCGAAGAUGGAUGUUAAGGAAUCCAUGGUUGAGCUGUGGGCCAGGGAACCGACGGCUAAGAAACUAGCCGAAAGAGUUAGGCUAACCUUUGCCCCAAAUCAAAGAGCAGUUAAGGUAUCGUCUAGCGUAAUUUUAGACAGGCUGGAGACUCGUUUGGAAACUUUGGAUAAAGGAAUCCACGAUUUGCAGUCCUGGGUUCCAAUCCUGAUCAAUCAGAAUAAGAUGCUCAUAGAAAGUAAGUUCCCGGCAGUUAUCCGUUCAAAAUCCACCAUAUCCGCCGAUUCACCCGAAGAGUCGUCCUCUACAGAGCUGGAUCAAAGUAGUAAUCAGAUGGUGAGAGAACUCGAUCACUCCAGUUCUUUCUUGUGUGACAUGAAGAUGCACCUCGUCAAUAUGAUCGUCGUGCCCAGAUCCCGCACAUCGCUGCUUCUUAACCAGCGAAAUAAUUUCGUCUCUCGUUUAAGCGUAUACCGAGAUGAUUGGCGGAAUCAACAUACGGAGGAGGAUUGGGAUCGAGAUAUGAGGGCGGCUGCCUUCCUCAAAUGUACUACGACCACGACUGGGGUCACUUGGCGCUCCAAGAAUGUGCGGCGUCAGUGAAAGUAAAAGAUUUCUAUAUUUGCCUCAAAACGUA